CAAGAGUUUAUGGAUGAUCCAGUGCUGGACUCUGCUCAGGCAGAGCAUGGUUCACUUCUGCUCAGGCAGCUGCAGAGGAUGAGAGCAGCUGAGGAGCUCACUGAUGUGGUGCUGUUGGCAGACGGGAUUCCCUUUGCUUGCCACAAGGUGGUGCUGUCUGCGUUCAGCCCAUACUUCCAGGCCAUGUUUACAUGUGGUCUAAAGGAGACCCGGGGAGGAGAGGUGCCUCUGAGAGACACACCUGCUCAGAGCCUGGAGCUGCUAUUGAACUACAUGUACCGAGCUGAACUCCCUCUCUCCAACGACAACAUCCAGGGAGUGGCUGCUGCAGCCUUCCUGCUCCAUGUAGACGGAGCCUUCAGGUUAUGUCAGAGCCACAUGGAGGCUCGGAUGGACCCUUCCAACUGUGUGGGUCUGUACCACUGGGCCAGAAACCUCGGGGCCACUGGUCUGGCCGACUGUGCCUUGAGAUACCUCUGCCAACACUUUGCACAGGUUUGCGAGGAAGAGGAAGUGCUGGAGCUGGAUGCCCAAAGUCUUGGGGAUCUGCUGGGUUCGGAUGACCUCAACAUAUCGCAGGAGGAGGUUGUGCUGGAGCUGGUGCUGCGUUGGGUGGAGAGGCGAAGGGGGGACUCAAGGAGUGAAGCCCAGGCUGCGGAGUUACUCAGACGAGUCCGGCUGGAACUUGUGGACCCUGGAUUCCUCCGUAAAGCCAGGCGGAGAAACCCGGUUUUGCUGAGGGAUGCUGAGUGCUUUGGGAUGAUAGAUGCUGCUCUGCAGACCUCUGGUCUCUGUCAGACGUCAGCUCCACCUCGGCCGGCUCUUCGUUACGGCAUGGAGACCGCUGACCUGCUGCUCUGCUUGGGUGGGGUGAACAAGGAGGGAGUUCCUGCCCGCCGUGGAGGACGUGCUGACCUCAGUUUUUGUUUUGCCCCCCAUGGUAGAAAGACUUACUACAUCCCUUCUCCACUAAGGGGCUGUGGAGGUAUGGGCCAGAUCACAGCUGGGGCAGUGACACGAGACAACAACAUCGUGGUAGCCGUGGAGGCAGAAGACCAACACAGGAUGAAGAGGAUGGAUAUCUACAGGUAUGAUAAUUCGGAGGAGAACAGUUGGGUGGAGCUGUGCUCCGCAGCACAUAGGGACAUGUAUGCUUUAGGGCUGCUGGGUGAUUCCUUGUAUAUGAUAGGAGGACAGAUGAAAGUGCGUAAUCACUACAUCAUCACAGACAGCGUGGAGAGAUGGUCGCUGAAGAGAGGAGGCAGCUGGCUCAGCUUCGCGCCUCUGCCUCUCCCCUUAGCGUGCCACUGCACCGUCAGCCUGAAAGAGCAUCUCUAUGUGCUGGGGGGCUGGACACCACAGCACCUGCCAGAUGAUGAGCCUGACAAACUGAGUAACCGCGUGUUUCAGUUUGACCCUGGCAAGGACAGGUGGACUGAGCGUGCCAGAAUGAAGUACUCCAGGUACCGUUGUGGCACGGCUGUACUCAAUGGAGAAAUCUACAUACUAGGUGGUAUAGGAUGUGAUGGAGAGGACUGUGGACAAUCACGUCGCUGUCUGAGCUCUGUGGAGAUCUAUAACCCAGACACAGACACCUGGAGGGCGGGGCCGACCCUGCCCACUUCUUUACUCAGCCUCCGAACCAACGCCUCCAAUGUAGGAGCAGUGGAGGGCAAGCUCUACCUCUGUGGAUACUACAAGGGGGCUGGCCGUCAUGAGAUCAUCACCAAGGAGAUUUUGGAAAUGGACCCUGCAGACAAUGUGUGGACGGUGGUGGAAAGACAUGCAGCCGUGCAUGACAGCUAUGACGUCUGUCUGGUGGCUAACCUCAAUCCUCGUGACCUCUUCACACCCUAAUUCAUCUCCUCCUGACUCUGAAAAACAAUGCUUGGAUGGGUGGGAAAUGAGCUUCUAUCCUUUUAAUUUCAUACAGGUUUAUUACACCAGGCUUGUUCCUUGGACUUCACACAUAUCAACAGCAAGGUCAAUAUAUGUCUGAAAUGACUGAGUGUUAAUCUAGGCCAGUGAUACUGAAUUUAUGGCCCCAACCACUUUCUAAUUAACAAUAAAAAUAAAGUGAUUCA